ACCGGGCACCGGCACCCCCUGGGGGUCCCCAGCCAGGAACGCGAUCCCCCCCCCACACCCCAUCCCGAUGUAUUUUCUUUCUUGGCAUCCUGCCGGGAAGGGGCUGCCGGGGCGGAGCAGCGACCGUCGGGGCGGUUGAUGAGCUCCAGCUGGGCAGCUCGGACACCUGUGUCCCAUUUGAACAUCCGACAGGAGAUGAGCGACUUCCCGGGACGCGGGAUUGGGAGUGAAAAGAGGGGAAAAAAAACAAACAAAAAAACCCAACAAACAAAACCAACACCGCAGCAAAAAAACACCCAGAUACCCCCCCAAAAGCAGCUGCCAAAUCCAUCCUGCGUGAGGGGUGAAGCUGCCUGGUUGUGGGGACCCAGAGCUGCCCAAUCUGGGCAGGAAAAACUUCCCUGUGCUGUGGCCGAGGGGGCUCAGCACCAGCAGGGCGAGGGGGCACCAUCCUGGUGCCUCCCCAGGUCUGGUGACAGCGACUUCCCCCCAAAAAAAUCUGUCCCCAGGGGCCACCGUGCCUACCUGAGCAGUGCACCCCACUAUGACUUCCCCCGGUACCGGCAGCUGGUGCACGAGAUCACGGUGGCCUUUGACGGCAUCUCCCGGGAGGUGCUGAGCAUCACCGGGCGCCUGCGGAGCCAACUGGCCCGGCCCGACCUGGCCCAGCACCUCGACCGCCUCCAGGACCGGGAGCAGGAGAAGCUCCAGCUGACGGCGCAGCUCCAGCUGGCCCGGCAGCAGGCGCAGGACCAGCCCCACGUGGACGCCCAUCAGCAGGAGGUGCAGGAGCUCAAGCACAAGCUAAUUAAAACCAUUGAGGCAAUCAGCGAAAUUCUCCAGGACCUCAAGUACGAUUCGGAAGAAGUCGAGUGAUGGGCGUCCCCGUGGGAACGGCUGGAGGGGCCGUGGGGUGGAAGGGGGGCCCUGCUCAUCCCCCUGCCCCCACCGCACCACCUCGGCAAGGUGGGCGCCAUCCCCCCGACCCCUUUUGUUGGGCAUGGGUUGGAAGGGGUGGAGAACCCCCCCUGGGAGCAGUGGGGUGCCCCCAAAUCCUGAACAGUCCCACUGUGGGGCUGGUCCCCUUUCCUCGCUCUGCCAGGGAUUUGUCCCAGGAAAACCACAACCCCCCAUGCCAAGCGGGGUGCCUUGGUUUGACCCCCCCGGGUUGGGAUGGGCACUGCCUUUGCUGCCAGCUGGAGCCCCACGAGUAGCAACCCCCCCCAAACCAUCUGUGCUCCGCAACAGCUCCAGCUCCGCAACAGCUCCACCCCACAAGUGCCCUUUUUCUGGUCAUCCAAAAUAAACCUGUCCCCUCCCAA